AUGGCUGGUGGUCGACGCAAUGGACGGGGUGGUGGGAAGACUGGAGGGAAGGUUAACGGCACUGCGGGUAACUCUCCUCUGACCAGCGCGGAGCGCUCCCCUGAGAAGAGUCCGCUGGUGUCUGCGCAAGCCUCACCUCUCCCCAAGGCGGCGGUGUCCGACGUAUUGGGUGAUGCGGCGAAGAUCUCCUUGCAGGAGCGUCUGUCUGCACUGAAGGUCAACGGGCUUAAGGACAAUGAGGACGACAAUGAGACUCAGCAUCCGCAGGGGAGUACGUCGGCUGGCGUUUCACCAUCCCCGGCGACAAUGGCAUCUGCGACGGCUACAAUGGCUGAGGGUGGCAGUAAAUAUGAGGAUGAAGAUGUUUGCUGGGACAGCGAUGACGAAGAUGAUUUUGAUCCGUCGGCGGUCAGUCUGCUCGCGUCUCAAGUCAGCUUCCCGCUUACGCUCCUGAUCCCGAUUCAGUGGGAGAGCGAGGUCCCGAAGCUGAAACCUACGGUCAUGGCGCACCUGGAUCAUUGGAAGGCUUCGCUGACGGCCGACGCGCAGACGACCACAAACACCUUACCAAAGCUGACGAACGUCCUAGUGAUUGGUGAUCUGAACGUGGUGGAAGAUCCAGCGCUGGACAAAUCGACGGGAAUAGGGUCGUCGGCAGAAAAUCGGAGGCUGAUGGGAUUCUGGGCGAACACCCCGCUUACCGAUGCAUUCCGCUAUGCGCACCCUGGAAAGAGGGAGUACACGUUCCACAUGAGGUCAAAGGGGGUGAGCACCAGAAUUGACCGCGCGCUGGUGUCGCAGCCGCUGUUAUGCAAGCUGGUGGAGGUACGGCAUGCAGAUAUCACGAAUAAAAUGACAGGCCAUUGGAGUGCGGUGGUGGUGGUGCUAGAGUCAUCGGCAGCGGUCGACAGGGGUCCCGGCAUCUGGCGGCUCAUGGCUGCUCAGGCAAAGAAGAGAGGGGCUGACGGCGUGUCUGCGGGCGUGCACAAGAGAGGAAAAAAAGAGGGUCGGGGCAACAAAAAGGCACUUGGAAAGGGAGAUAAAGAUCUUCAGGCAGCGGCUGUCACAGAACCCGAAUUGCAAGCGGACGGGAGCAAUUCUGCUCAAAAAGAGGAGCUGCUUGACGCGUAUGAAAGGAGUCACCAGGAAAAGCUGCAGGAGUGGCUUGGGGUGAAGGCAGAGCUGGACGGGGAAGCAACAACAGGUUUCCUGUCUGGGAAAGUGAAGGUGCGCAAGGCAAAAACGGAGAUGUCAGCUGUUACUUUCAAGGGGAAAACCCAUUCGGGCGCAAGGGAGGUUCUUGCAGCGGCGACAGAUUUUUUCAGGGACUCAUUCGGCGGGAGUGCGGAGACAAGCAACUCAGAGCCGAGAGUCAUGCGCCGGACGUUGUGUGAAGCCAGCCGUAAUGCCCUCAGCGCGCCAUGGUCGGAGGAAGAAGUUCGGACGGCGGUGCGAGAGCUGGCCCCAGGGAAGUCACCUGGGCAAGACGGCCUUCCCAAGGAACUCUUCGAACACAACUGGGACCUGCUCGGCCCUGUGCUGAUGAAAUUUGUCGGUGACUUCACGCGGUCGGCGGAGCUUCCUCGAGAUAUAUCAACCGCGGUCACAAUCCUGCUGCACAAGACGAGGAGCAAGGAGGAGUUAGGGAACUAUAGGCCAAUCACGUUGCUGAGCACGGUCUACAAAGUACUGGCGAAAGUAAUGGCGACAAGGUUUAAGAAGGUGUUGCACGAGGUGAUUUCGGAGGAACAGGUGGGCUUCUUACCAGGGCGGAAGCUGGCAGACGCUGUUGCGGUGGUGGCUGACGCAAUCGAGGCAGGGGCCACUGGCGGGAAAGAUUGGUUUCUGCUGAUGGUCGAUUUCCAGAAGGCCUUCGAUUCCAUCUCGAGGCCCUUCCUCUUCAGCACGCUGCGAGGGAUGGGAGUUCCGGAAGUCUUUGUGUCGUGGGCAGAGGGUCUGCAUACAGGAGCAGGAACGAGACUGCACAUUAACGGUUGGACAGGCGACAGAGUUGCAGUAGAACGGGGGGUUCGGCAAGGCUGCCCGCUGGCACCAUACCUGUUCUUGUGCGCGGUGGAACCGCUCUGCCAGGAGUUUGAGCAGCGGAGGCUGGGUGUCGGAGACGGGGGAGCGGAGAGGCUGGCGUAUCUGGGAUACGCCGACGACACGUCGCUCCUGCUACACGGAGAAGAACAGCUGGCAGCCGCUGCGGAAGCACUGUAA